AUGAAUGCAUGUUGGUUUCACCAAAAAAUAGAUGAAUGCAGGGUGGUUUCACCUUUGUCUUUACAAGUGGUGCUCAGCCUCCUUGCCACCGGCUCCCGCGGUUGGACCCGCCGUCAGAUUGUCAACUUCUUCAACGCCGAUUCCGUCGAUCAUCUCAAUUCCCUGGCCUCUAAACCCUCCAACGUCAUCUUGGCUGAUGGUGAUCCCGCCGUUGGCCCUUGUGUGCGUUGCUCCAAUGCCUUAUGGCUUGAUCAGUCCCUUACUCUCAAGCCCUAUUUUAAACACAUUAUGGACUCUGAUUAUGGAGUCGCUGUGAACCCGGUGAACUUUCAGCCCGAGGCUGCUCAUGCGGGGCAACAAAUUAAUUCGUGGGUGGAAAAUGAGGCAAGUGUCCUAGUUAAAGACCUUAUUCGUGAGGGGUCUCUCAACAACUUAGUCAAGCUCGUCUUUACAAAUGCCCUAUACUUCAGAGGAGCAUGGCAUGAGAAAGCAAAUGCAUAUGGCAACAAAGAGAGAGAGAAAACAAAUCCAAUCAUACUAAGAAAACAGUGUGGUGAGAACGAAUACAAAGUGAGUGCUCCCUUCAUUGCUGCCAAGAUGGGAGUAAUUGAUAGCAAUGGCAUUUUAGGUAGAAUGCAUAAGCUUGGACGCACAUAUAAAAAGCGACGUGAAGAAAAGCGUGCUUUCUCUAUGCAUUUCUAUUAUCCGCAUUCAUUUAAAUAUGAAUUUUAUCAUGAACCUGAGGUAGAUCUAAUGGAAGUUAAUGGCGUACUGACCCCAGAAUUUAAUAUGUCUUCUGAGGUGAAAACUUCCAAGGUGCUGAGGGGACUAGGGAUAAGACUGCCAUUCUCUGGAGGAAAGUUGACAGAGAUGGGAACUUCAUGUGAUGGUGGAGAGUUAUAUGUUUUUAACAUAAUUCAAAAGACAUUCAUCCAAGUAAAUAAACAAGGGACUGAAGCUGCAACAGCCACGGCUGCAAUAGUAAUGUCUGGGUGUCCACCGGCUUUGACGCCUGUACGUCGAAUAGUUGCACUUCAGCCGCCAUAUCUCCUUCCUGAUGGAAAAGAUGACUGUGUUGGCUAUGCUAAAGCAGAGUUGAAGGUUAAAGUGAAAGAUGAUUUUGAUGCUUCUGCUGCUGAGAGUAAGACAGCUUUGAACAACCUUCCUGCCAAUGGAGCAGAGUGGGUUGACCUUUUUGUGAGAGAAAUGGCGGGUGCUACUAGCAUUGAUGAUGCUAAAGCUCGUGCUGCUAGGAUUCUGGAGUCUCUAGAAAAAUCAAUCAAUGAACGUAUUCAUGUGUAG